AUGUACAUUAGCAGUUCGAGAUUAUUCAAUCCGGAAUCAACUAGCGGUUAUGGCUUCGAGGAAGAGGUAUCUGCGACUAAAUUAUCCCAGAUUCACGAGGAUAGUGUAGAGAAGUUUGAGGAGAAUAGCCCGUCAAGAACGAUCGCUACAAGAGCAAAGAGCAAUCCGGUUCUACUACCUUUGAUCAUAGAACCCGAGGCAGAGAUGCUACCGCGCGGUUAUAAGGGCGUGAAGCCGCCUGGAGUCACCCACAUGGAGUUUGCAUUCGUGAAACCGCAAACCGACACGUCAGUUCGCGAUAGCCCGACAUUACGAGCUUUGAUGAUAAACGAUGACGAGAAUUCCGGUAAAUUUGGUGAAUUUGGUCGAGAUCACGAUGCACAUUAUGCCGCGUCAAAGCACGAGCUUGUAAGAAAUGAUCCUGGUAGCGAGAGUCUCGUCGUUCUCGAGAUAGAUUUAAAAAAUGAUUUGAAGCAGAAGAGCAAGAAGAUCGAGGAUACCGAAGCUUCCGAUGCGAAAAAGAGUCAUUUCGAAAAUGAGGAUCAUGCGAAGAAUCAUAAAGAAAAAGUCGUAAAGAAAAAGCAAAAUAUUUACUAGGCUGGAAAUGGUCGCGAGAAGAUUCAUAAUGUCGCCGGAUAUCGCAAGGAUGAAUUCGAGAAGGACGCCGAUUUCUACGAUAAUGGACGUCAGAGCGAACACUUUGAGAAGGACGAUCGAUACGGCGGGAAACACGCCAACGCCGAAGACACGUACGCGAAAGACAAUAGUAACAGUUCCAGAUUAGUCGAGCCAGUUUAUAAAACACGAUUGGCUUUGCCGAUGGACUACGACAGAAUAAUGACUUUCAUGUGUGACGCGUUCUUCAAAGACGAUCCAGUCAUGGUGAACAUAGGUUUGGAGGAGCAGGAACCCGCGCCGUUGCUAAAGAUGAUGUAUGACGAGCUUCGUGAGGGUAUGACAAUAAUCGCCGAGGGAGAGGACAAUUGUAUCGUGGGCGCCGCGGUGAACGCCCGCUCCUGUCCUUGGGAUCCCGACAAGUUCGUCGAGUUGGCUAGGUGUUGUGAAUGCGGGUCGACUCGCGACGUGAUCGAGUUCGAGGCUUACGUGACCCGCAAGCCAAAUCUCUGGGAGCGUUACUGCGUUCUCAAGAUCUUCGAGUGCAGCUAUCUCGCGGUCGGACCGGACUUCCGGAACCAGGGUAUUGCUAGAAAGCUCGUGCUAGAUAGCUGGUAUCUCGCGCGCGAUUGCGGCUAUCGAUUGUUCCGUGUUGACUGCAGCAAUAGAUAUAUCGCGAAGAUCGCGGAAGGUUUUGGAUGGAAGCAAAUAUGUACAAUUCCAUUUGAUCAAUAUGUUAAGGACGGCAAACUUGUUUUUAAGCAUAUUAAGGAGCCACAUACCGAAGUGCAAAUUUACAUUGAUGAAGUUACAUUUUGCAAGGAUUAUUGCCCACCUUAUAAUAAAUGUGAAACAACAACAGCGCCAAACAACUUAGUAUGCAGUAAGAGACUAUUGAUCGUUACUCCAGCCCCAUCCUACAGUCAUCAGAUAGUAUUUCGGGCACUGUGUCUCGCUUUGAAUAAACGGGGUCACGAGAUAAUAACAUUGAAUCCAAACAUUCUAAACGAUUCUAGCCUAAUCAACUAUACGGAAAUAGACUUUGGUUAUAUAUAUGAAAAGAUCGAUGAUACUGAUUUGAGUCAGACUCGUUGGAAUCUCACGCAAUUGGGAGGAUUAAAGACGAGAUUGUUGAGACUAGGUCACGACAUCGCGGAGGAUGUCCUCAGUCAUCCUGAUUUAUUGAAAUAUUACGCGAAUGGAACGAAUGUGCAAUUUGACGCGGUGAUAACUGAGAUGAUUAUGACUCCUGCAAUUUACAUGCUGGCCCACAAGUUUAAUGCUCCUUUAAUCGGUAUUAUGUCCAUGGACUUGCAAAACUGCCAUCGUUUCAAUUUCGGCAGCCCUGUGCUAUCAUCGCACCCUUCCAAUUGGGAGCUCGAAAAUUACACAGGGUUGAAUCUUUCAUUUUGGAAACGAUUGAUGAAUUUUAGAAGAACUUGGUACAACAUAUACUUUUGGUUUAAUACUUUCGUGGUCAAGCAACAACAAAUUGCCGAAAAAUACUUUGGCAAGGAUAUACCGCAUAUCGUCGACGUUGCAAAGAACAUGAGUCUUAUUUUGAUUAAUCAAGAACCAUUGCUAGCAUAUGCGAGACCCGAGAUACCUAAUAUCAUUCAUUUCAGCGGAUUACACAUCAAAAAGACACCGCCGUUGUUACCGAAAAAUUUAAAGGACUUCUUGGAUGAUGCAACAAAUGGCUUCAUUUAUAUGAGUCUGGGAACAAACGUAAAAAGUAAAUUAUUGCCGAAGGGAAUGCUGGAGGUGUUUACCAAUGCCUUUGCCGAUUUACCAUACAAAGUACUGUGGAAAUUCGAAGACGAUGGCUUUCAUGUUCCUCCUAACGUUUUUAUCUCAAAAUGGAUCCCGCAGCAGGGUGUACUUGCUCAUCCGAACAUCAAGCUCUUCAUUUAUCAAGGCGGAUUACAAAGUACCGAAGAAGCAGUUCAUUACGCCGUCCCGCUCAUAGGAAUACCAUUUGUCUUCGAUCAGGUGUAUCAAGUUACGAAAAUGGUUUCUCUGGGAGUAGCAAAAUAUCUGAAUAUAGUCGAGCUUACGACGCCGGAACUGCACGACACUAUAUUGGAAGUCGCUGGUGAUAAGCGAAUGUUGAAGUUACGUGCUCUCACAAAAGACAAGCCUUACGAUAGUUUAGAGAAUGCUAUAUGGUGGAUCGAAUUCGUAAUGCGUCACAAUGGUGCACCUCAUUUACAUUUCAAUGGAGUCGAUACCGCGUGGUAUCAACAAUUCGAUUUAGAUAUCAUUGUAUUCCUGGCGAUAACAUCAUUUUUAGUUUUAUGUGCUUUUUUGGCUAUUGUAGGACGGGGAUUGAAGCUUUUGUAUAAUAUUAUGAUAAACAGUCAAAUACGUAAUCAAUUUAAGCCAAACGGAGUGCUUGAAAUGUUCGUAACAAAAAAAAUAAAAUCUGCAUAAUCAAGUUUUGUAUAUUAAAGGAAUCCAAAUUGAAGGAUUCCUGUGUCUUUCUGUAUGAAUUAUGACAAGCGAUUUAAGAAAAAUAAGGCUAUACUCUUACAAAAUAAAUACUGAACAAAAAUAUGCAAAAUAAUCGCGGAAAUAGACCUCUUUUAUCUCUCGAGCACUUGUGCACGUGAAUUUUACAGUGCUCAUUUAUACGAAAAAUAGGGAAAAGAGGAAGCCGAAGAAAGCGAGAGAGGGCAAAUUUUUGGCAUAGGAGCGAAUACUGUCAGUAUAAAACUGGUAGUUGAGCGAAAUGGGUUUUGUGAACGUACGAAAUUGCAUCCCAAGAUCCAUUAUGUUCAUUUGUGCGUAUUCAUGGAAUUACGAGACAGAAAGCAAAAAAGAGGAAACUGAAAAAAAGAAGGAGGAAAAAAAAACGAGAAAAUGAGGAUAUUACGAGAUUAUAUAUAUAUAAUGUACAUAAUCUUACUUUCAAAUUUAUAAAUAAAUAUGCAUGCGCUAAAGACAGA